AUGUGGAGGAGAGAGGCACCCCAGCUCCAGGCCCCCGCCCUCUGCCCCCACACCGAGACACCACCAACUGCAAGGCCCAUCUGUCCCCACGGACCGUGGCACCCAAGCUCCAGGCCCCCACCCUCCACCCCAACACCAAGACACCACCGACUCCCAGGCCAAUCUGUCCCCACUACUGAGGCACCCCAGCUCCAGGCCCCUGCCCUCCACCCCCACACCACCAACUCCCAGGCCCAUCUGUCCCCACUACUGAGGCACCCCAGCUCCAGGCCCCUGCCCUCCGCCCCCACACCGAGGCACCCCAGCUCCAGGCCCCCCACCCCCACACCGAGACACCACCAACUCCCGCGCCCAUCUGUCCCCACUACUGAGGCACCCCAGCUCCAGGCCCCUGCCCUCCGCCCCCACACCGAGACACCACCAACUCCCAGGCCCAUCUGUCCCCACUACCGAGGCACCCCAGCUCCAGGCCCCCCACCCCCACACCGAGACACCACUAACUCCCAGGCCAAUCUGUCCCCAAUACAAAGGCACCCCAGCUCCAGGCCCCUGCCCUCCGCCCCCACACCGAGACACCACCAACUCCCGCGCCCAUCUGUCCCCACUUCAAAGGCACCCCAGCUCCAGGCCCCCACCCUCCGCCCCCACACCGAGACACCACCAACUCCCAGGCCCAUCUGUCCCCACACCGAGACCCCCCCAGCUCCAGGCCCAUCUGUCCCCACUACCGAGGCACCCCGAACUCCAGGCCCCCGCCCUCCGCCCCCACACCAAGACACCACCAACUCCCAGGCCCAUCUGUCCCCACUACCGAGGCACCCCGAACUCCAGGCCCCCGCCCUCCGCCCCCACACCAAGACACCACCAACUCCCAGGCCCAUCUGUCCCCACUACUGA